GAUGAUUGUUCGGAGAUGUGAUUAUGUGAAUCUGAGCCCAAGUUCCCAGAAGCUUCUGGCUUUGCUGCCAUGGCCUAUGUGGGUAUGCGUCCCCACAUAAUAUGCAUUUGCAUGCAGGAAGAUAAGAUUCGUACAGCACUGAAAGAUGAUCGUAGUUUCCCAGCGCCGGAAUUGGAUGAUAAAACCUUCAAAUUCGGUGGUUCAACGCAACUGUUAAGACUCCAUCAAUACAACACAAAGGUCUGAACUGGUGACUUCUCUGGUGGGGAGGUAAAUGUGUGAAAAUUUCCCCCCCAUCCUGUCAUUUUAGUGAAGAAAACUCAAUGGAUGGGAUUUCUUACGCAAUUUUUUUUCAACAAAAAUCUAUAGAUUAAAAAGUUGUGGCUACAAUUCGCCUGUCAAUUCAUAGCAUCCCCACUAGGCGUUUCCUCUCUUCACUGACUCUGGCUGGCUCCUAGUUCCAUCUCUUUCUCUCUCUUCCCCCACAACCCCCACCCCCCACCGCCCACCCCCCCGGCUUUCAGUAACAAUUAGGGUGUGUGGAAGGACCAAAUUACCAAUUUGUGGGAAAAGAAUUUCAUUCCUCCGGCAAAAAGUGAGAAAUUGAUUAAAUGGGGGGAACUGUUAGAGUUAGAGAAGUGAAGGCAAGUGCCAAAAAUAACCAACCCGAAUAUCAGAUUUGCCUUUUUCUCUCCAUGGCUUAAAAUCUCCAUCAUUAAACAGGAAGAAAAGAUAAGCGUAAUUAUAAUUUCUUGGUAUGUUGGUUCGUCACUCUUGCAGAGAGGGGAAAAUAGCGACACCAUACGUAUUAGCCAAGGAGGAAGGUGUGGAUGAAUAAGGUUGUGAGGUAAUAAAUCUGUUGUUGGAAAUGUCUGGUGGGGGAUGUAGCAUAGUUUGGUUCAGAAGAGAUCUAAGGGUAGAGGAUAAUUCAGCACUGACAGCGGGGAUGAGAGCAGGAGCUGUGGUGGCAGUUUUUAUAUGGGCGCCUGAAGAAGAAGGUCAAUACCAGCCAGGAAGGGUUUCCAGAUGGUGGCUCAAACACAGUUUGGCUCAACUUGAUUCUUCUUUGAGGAACCUUGGCAUUUCUCUUGUCACCAAGCGAUCCACUGAUUGUGUUUCUUCUCUCCUGGAGGUUAUCAAUUCCACUGGAGCCUCUCAACUCUUUUUUAACCACUUAUACGAUCCUCUAUCACUUAUCAGGGAUCAACGGGUGAAGGAGGUGCUGACUGCUCAAGGCAUAGCCGUACGUUCCUUCAAUGCAGAUUUACUGUACGAACCAUGGGAAGUGAAUGAUGAACAUGGCCAGCCAUUCACAACUUUUUCUGCUUUUUGGGAAAGAUGCCUCAGCAUGCCUUAUGACCCGGAGGCACCUCUUCUGCCGCCUAAAAGAAUUAUUGCAGGUGAUGUAUCGAGGUGCUCUUCUGAUACACUGGUUUUUGAAGAUGAAUCAGAGAAGGCAAGCAAUGCACUUCUUGCCCGAGCAUGGUCACCUGGAUGGAGCAAUGCAAACAAGGCUUUAACUGCAUUCAUAAAUGGCCCAUUGAUCGAGUACUCAAAAAAUCGCAGGAAAGUUGACAGUGCCACAACCUCAUUUCUUUCCCCACAUUUGCACUUUGGAGAGGUGAGUGUGAAAAAGGUCUUCCAUCUGGUCCGAAUUAAGCAAGUUUUAUGGGCCAAUGAAGGGAACAAGGCUGGUGAAGAGAGCGUCAAUUUAUUUCUCAAGUCUAUUGGUCUGAGAGAGUAUUCAAGGUACAUCAGUUUCAACCAUCCCUAUAGUCAUGAAAGGCCUCUUCUAGGCCAUCUCAGGUUCUUUCCAUGGGUCGUAAAUGAAAGCUACUUCAAGGCAUGGCGACAAGGAAGAACCGGGUACCCCUUAGUAGAUGCUGGGAUGAGAGAGUUGUGGGCCACUGGUUGGCUGCAUGAUCGAGUACGUGUUGUUGUUUCUAGUUUCUUUGUGAAGGUUUUGCAGCUUCCCUGGAGAUGGGGGAUGAAAUAUUUCUGGGACACUCUCUUAGAUGCGGAUCUUGAGAGUGAUGCUCUUGGUUGGCAGUACAUAUCUGGUACUCUCCCUGAUGGCCGUCCAUUUGACCAAAUAGAUAACCCACAGUUCCAGGGAUACAAAUUUGAUCCAAAUGGAGAAUAUGUACGGCGUUGGCUUCCUGAACUUGCCAGAAUACCCACUGAAUGGAUUCAUCACCCAUGGAACGCACCAGAACCUGUGUUACAAGCUGCUGGAAUUGAACUAGGGUCAAAUUAUCCUCUCCCUAUUGUUGGAAUAGAUGCUGCAAAAGCCAGAUUGGAAGAAGCACUAACAGAAAUGUGGCAACAAGAAGCAUCUGCAAGAGCUGCCAUUGAAAAUGGAACUGAAGAAGGACUUGGAGACUCCUCUGAUGCAAUUCCUAUUGCCUUUCCUCAAGACAUACAGAUGGAGGAAAGUCAUGAACCUGCUAGACACAAUGCCCCUCCUGUUGCUCGCCCCUACGAGGAUCAGAUGGUCCCAAGCAUCACUUCUUCCCUUUUUAGAGCGGAAGAGGAAGAAACUUCUUCAGAUCUUCGAAAUACAACAGGAGAUAGCAGGGCUGAAGUGCCAAUCAAUGCAAAUAUACGUCAAAAUGCAAGGGCAAGAGAAACAUUGAACCAACGGAUGUUGCAGGCUGUCCAAGGAAAUACCCUAGUACAGAAUACUGCAGUGGAACUGAGAAAUGAUGCUGAAGAUUCUACAGCAGAAUCUUCAAGUAGUGGUAGUAGAAGAGAAAGGGAUGGAGGUGUAGUUCCAGUAUGGUCUCCUCCAGCUUCUAGUUACUCAGACCAAAUUGUAGGAGAUGAAAAUGGCAGAGGAGCUGGUACAUCCUACUUGCAGAGGCAUCCUCAAUCUCACCAGCUUAUGAAUUGGAGGCAGCUACCUCAGACUGGGUAAUCCAUAUCGGAUUUAAGCAGAGUAGCAGAGUUGGAGAAUUCAGCCGCGGCUCACGUUUUGGGAAACUGGGAUGAUGAAGCUUCAUUAGGCAGGCAUCUGAAGUGUACACUCACUACCCCUCUCGGCAGUCUUGACAUGAUUAACGGCUGGCUUCAAAUGUAUAUGAAAUUUUUAAUUCAUGCGGGCAGAUCAUCUCCUGCCGCUUUUGCUUUCUUGUAAAAUAUGUGUAGCUUAAACCGUCAUAGGACGUCUAUCCCUUGAGAAACAGAGGUUUAUGCUCGUCAUUUUUCUAUCAAGGUAUGCACAGCCAUUAGUGAAUAA